GUUUGAAAUCGAAUUUUUGGAAAAAAUAUUUUUACAUAAUUCUAAAUUAUUUUUUAAAGUGAUAUAAUUAUUAGUAUUGGCCAAUUGGGAAGCAAGAAUAGGUGGUUUGGUGAUUGUUUCUUGUUAUCCCUUCCAAGUUCCAAAGGAUCCGAGUUUUCAAAAUUUCUUCACGCAAGUCCUGGUAAAUCACUCAUAAUCAAACCUAAAUUCUAUACAAAUAUAAUCAAAAGGCUCAGAGUGGAUCUUCUCCGCAACAGUUUUUAAUUUUUUCGAAAUUUUGAUCGAAGUUCAACCAAGUUCUUAUGGCGAAGGAAGAUGAUGUCAGACGUAGGGCCGCCAUUGUUGAAUACAAUAAGAAGCUACUUCAGCAUCGUGAGUUACAAUCUCGCAGCAGAAAAGUGAAGGAAGAGUUGAGAACGGCUAAAAAGGAGUUUGCUAAAACAGAGGAUGAUCUAAAGUCACUCCAAAGUGUGGGCCAGAUAAUUGGAGAAGUUCUUAGGCCUCUUGACAAUGAGCGACUAAUCGUGAAAGCAAGUAGUGGUCCAAGGUAUGUGGUUGGUUGUCGGAACAAAGUGGACAAAGAAAAACUUACUUCUGGAACACGAGUAGUUCUUGAUAUGACUACCCUCACUAUAAUGCGUGCUCUUCCUCGUGAGGUUGAUCCUGUUGUAUACAAUAUGCUUCAUGAAGAUCCUGGAAAUAUAAGCUACUCUGCUGUGGGAGGGCUGUCUGACCAGAUUAGAGAACUAAGGGAAUCUAUCGAGCUUCCACUAAUGAAUCCUGAGCUUUUCUUGCGUGUAGGAAUUAAACCUCCAAAGGGUGUUCUUCUUUAUGGCCCCCCUGGGACUGGCAAAACAUUGCUAGCACGAGCUAUUGCAAGCAAUAUAGAUGCCAAUUUCCUUAAGGUUGUAUCAAGUGCUAUCAUAGAUAAGUACAUUGGUGAAAGUGCGAGAUUGAUCCGUGAAAUGUUUAGUUAUGCUAGAGAACAUCAGCCAUGCAUCAUCUUUAUGGAUGAGAUUGAUGCCAUAGGAGGUCGUCGAUUCAGUGAGGGCACAAGUGCGGAUCGUGAAAUUCAGAGAACCCUAAUGGAAUUACUGAAUCAGCUUGAUGGAUUUGAUCAAUUGGGAAAGGUGAAAAUGAUUAUGGCUACAAACAGACCUGAUGUGUUGGACCCUGCACUUCUUCGUCCAGGUCGUCUGGAUAGAAAAAUUGAGAUUCCUUUACCAAAUGAACAGUCAAGAAUGGAGAUCCUCAAAAUCCAUGCUGCUGGCAUUGCCAAACAUGGAGAGAUCGAUUAUGAAGCAGUUGUUAAGCUAGCAGAGGGAUUUAAUGGGGCUGAUCUACGAAAUGUAUGUACUGAAGCUGGCAUGUCAGCUAUACGCGCAGAGAGAGAUUAUGUGAUUCAUGAAGACUUCAUGAAGGCUGUUAGGAAGUUGAAUGAGGCAAAGAAAUUAGAGUCUAGUGCUCACUAUAGUGCAGAUUUUGGGAAGGAUUGAAUCAGUAGCUAAUACUAUUUGAAGAGAUUCAAUGUUUUGUUUCAUGUUUUUUUCUUUGCGUUGCUAUGAUUUCAAAUUGUAGCCCCUUAGAAGCUUUUCAUUUCUUGAUAUGUUGUCAUUGAGCUUCGGAUUGUGAAAUUGUACCAAACAAAUGUUUUGAAAUAUAUCAAAAAGUAAAAGGUUAUUUUGGUGUA